AAAAUAACGCUACAAAAUAUGCUCAACCAAGGUUAUCACAUUUUAGCUGAGCUAACCCUCCUAAAACUGAAAAACAUCUCUGGAGUUAUUGUUAGCCCAUGUGAAAAUGAUCCACUUAAAUGGCUCGGGAUUAUUUCUGUUCGAAGUGGUUACUAUUUUGGAGGCGUUUUCGAUUUUGUCUUAUCUCUGCCAGAUGAUUUUCCAUCAACAAAACUGCCGAAGCUCUAUUUAUGUAAAGAAUUUUAUCAUCCUCAUGUAGACUGGAUUACCGGAGAGGUGAGCGUGCACACGGAAUUCCCGAUAUGGAAUCCAGACAAGCACCAUAUUUGGCAUAUUCUUCAUCAUUUUAAACGGUUGUUGACUAGUCCAACAAGUAUUAUUGUUUCAUCACUUGCAGAACAAACUGCUUGUAUAAAAAACAUGAGAGAUGUGAAGUAUGCUAAUCCAGAAGCAGCUAACGCACUGAUUCACCAUCCGGAAGAAUUUGAUACUCGAGCUAAAGGAUGUGUCACCAAACUCUCUGUAUGGACACAGCCAUCACAGGAUAUCCCUUCAUUAAAUCUUUCUGGAUGGAUGAAUGACAGUAUACUGAGUGAUGCACGAGAUUUACUGCAGAGAUUCAAAGAUUCCAAUGACGAUGAGGAAAAAUUUGUAAGUCAAGGGUUUUCUUGGAUCGAUCCAAAAAGUAUGUCGAUAUUUUCUAGUGAAACACCUGUUAAACCGAAUUCUUCGACAUAUACAUAGAAGUUUACUAUUUCUUAUGAUACUUAGAUUCAUUUUUCAUUUUUUGUAGACAGUUUUGUAUAUAAUGAACGAUGUAGAUUAAACUGUCAAACUUUUUUUCACUCUACCAACGCUAUAAUUACGAUAUACAGCAUUUGGAUGCCAAUCUUACCAUUGCUAUCGAUAUUAUUUUCUACUUCUGUUUAUUGUAAUGCCUUAUUCCUUUUAAUUACUAUAUUGCUGUUUUUUCUAACAUUAUAGCUACAUAUAUUAAAUUAUCAUUUGGGCGUUUGACUUUUAAUCGUAGGGCUAUAAGUUCAAGGUUCUUCUUCCUAUCAUACUCUUUUACAGACUAUUGGUUAAAAUGUUUCCAAUUUCAUUGUCGUUUUUCUGACUAUAGAAAACAUUUGUCAAGUUGGUUCUUGUCUCAUACACCAUUGUCGAAACAAAUGACUAGCGUAAAUAUUUAAGAUACUGAAAAAGUGAUAACAACUAAACUACUAACUUUUAGACUAUCUUUCCCGGUCAUCCAUUUACAUUACUUGGUAGCAGAUAUAAAUUAGCUGUAAAUUUUUCAUUUUUUUACUAUCGUGCGUAGAAUAGAUUGGAUUGUUUCUCUUCACUGAAUAUCAUGGCUUAUAUAUGUUGACUUGUAGUGAACAUACUUACACCUGUUACCCUCGCGGAGGAGCAUAGUCCGCUGACCAGAAUAAUUGUUUCUUUCUGGUUAGCGCUCUUUAUGAAGGCUGUUUUCUACGGGGUUGAGCUGCUGAACCUUCGUCUAUCCCGGCUUGGGACCGGCAGUAACUACAGUCGUAGUUAUAGUAUUUAUAUACCCUUGUAUAAUUGUGAAUAGUAUUUUAGUCCUUCUAUUGGAGAUUAGUAUAAAAUUACUCAAUAUUACUGUUUCCCAACUAGAGAUUCAUAAUCGGUUGGAAAAACGUUUAUACUUUGGUCGCUAUAGUUGAAUUCUGUCUUUUUUUCAACAAAAACGACUUUGAUUUCUACACCCAUACUCGUAAACAAUGUCAAGCAAACAUUGUGAUUGGUAACUAUCCGUUUCUCAACAUCCAGUGUUUGUUAUUCGUUAAGUUGGUAAGCGCCAAGAGUAACAGUUAACUUCGAACUUUUGUAGUAUUUGUGUUGGAAUGCUCUAAAAGCAGACAGAUAUGUAUAAUUUCAGAUGCCUGAAAUAAUAUCUCCGAUAGAAAUUACGAUGUAGUGAUUUGUGUUCAAAUGAUCGGUAUUCGAGAACAAUUUUCCCAAACUUUGAAAGAACAAGUAUCUUACGUUUCGCUGCGGUUUUCGCAGAAUUCAAACUACAUCACUUUUGAUUUAACAUCGAUUUUAGAGUGAAAUUCUACAUUGGUGAGACCAACUAGGAAUCACCCAACCAGUUAUUAAUGGUCACAUUUUCUAUAAUUUCUCCUGAUAAAUUUUAUUCAUUUUAAUCCAUGAUUUGAUUGGCUCAUUGACUGUUGCUAACAUGAACUAUCUUAUUACGGUGUCGAUUAGUAUUCAGAUUAGGAUUACUAGCUCAAUCGAUACAUACGACUAACCAAAUAUGAUUAUAAUUAGCUCUUAUGUUUUAAUAACAAGCUUUGUUAACAUCCAAAUGCUCCAUUGUUAUAGGUUUGUUGAAAUACUAACCAUUAGCAAGUGUAUCUGGCAGUCAUUUUACCACAUUGUUUGCAGAUUCUAGAAUUGGUUAAUUCACUGAUGUUGUUGGCUUUUCAGUAACUGUUCCAAUUUUUUGUUAGCAUUCCGUUUUAGCGACUGUCUUACUGAUAAUUCUUGUGUUAAUCGGUUGCUUUCGUUUUAUCGCACUGGGAAAGCAAUAUACUCCCUGCUUGUUGGGAAUGCUUAUCAUUGUUAGCAAGCAAUUAGUUGUACGAUUCUUAAAUUCUUAUUUAAUUUUAUCUUAUAGUUUGAAUGUUAACUUUUGGGUAAACUGAGUUUCUCUAUCCCUUUCCUUUAGAUAGAACAUUGUUCCUUGCUUGAUGGGAUACUUUUUGUGUUUAACAAAUAAUCAGUUUGUAUUCUUUACGAUUUGUUCGCUGAAUGUCUCAUAGUUUGUUUGUACUUGGUGUUGUUGUAAUUGGUGACUGUGCUUUUUGGAGAAAGGAUCGUUCAAUCAUAUUUUAUUUAUUUUGAUAGUAUUAAUCUCAGACUUCUAGAAUUUACAUUGGUCUCACUGCCGAAGGCUAAUAUCUUUUUUACGUAUCGUGGCAUAUUUUCUGAUUCCGUAAGAUCGGACAACAAUACCAGAGACAUAUGUCGAAAUAUCCUGUUUAGCAUCGUACACAUUCGUUUACCCAGUUCGCGGUAAUGAGUACCGGAACAAAAUAUGCCAAGUGUGAGAAUGGUUUUUGGGUACUUGUAUUUCACACCUGACUUCCAAUUUUAUGUGACUAUUAAUGUGGACAUUUUUAGUCUGUUAAACUGCACUAUACCCAUGCUCGUGGGUUAGAAUCUCGUUUUGAAAUUUAGAAGCUAUGUAAAUAUGGUAAUGUUCGUGGUCGAAAUGGUGCACACAAAGAACAACUAAGUGUUUGUAAUUCCUAGUAAACAGGAUGUUAUUUACCAAUCAGAAAACACUUUGUUUUAUCAGGUGAUACAAAAUCGAUUCUAUGUAAAAG